UAUCAUUCUGUUGAUGAGCUUACUUACCAAGAAUACAGUGACAGGCAAGUCACAAGUUCGGCCUUUAUGGCGUCAAGAAGUAUUCAUGCGAGGCUUAUAAACGCCUGCUUGCCAGACGAAAACCAAGAAACAGAAACAGACGAAGAUAGAGCAAUGGCUUGGAAGCGACUUCGGCCAUCGUUUCUACGGACAGCUUGUCAAUCCUUGUACAAUGGAGCUUUGAUAUCAUUUCUGGCUGCAAUUAUCAUUGGUAUAAUCUUCCUGCUGAUCUCGUAUCUCUGUUAUAAAACUACUCUCGACUGUGUGUUUUACUCGAAGAAAUUAAUAGCAACUCAUGUGCAGUGGAUACGAACAAUCUCGGAUGUUGUUUCCGUUGUCUUCUAUUACAUCUGGUUAUUUGUCAAUCUAUUAUUUCUUUUUCGUCCGUAUCAGCUGAAAGGCAUGAAGAAGAAACUGCUCCUGGUUUGUUUCGUGGCGUACUGUUUGGACAUAUCUUAUCGCGUUUCUUUGCAAUUUCUAGCCACGCCGUAUUACCUAUGGCCAACCAAGCUAAUCCAAGUUCCAAUGUAUAUUGUUUUCCUUGUUAGUGUGUGUUGGCAACUGUAUCUUGUCGGUAUGACCUUCUCCAUGCGAUCAAGAACAAACCUUUUAACUUGCACUUGUAAAAUGAUAGUGCCAAUCUGUUUACCUUUUAUCAAUGGUAUUUUAAUAUGUGAUUACCUUUAUCCAUUUUAUAUCAAACAAGACGUCGAGGGAAAAUUGGUCAUUGCUCUGUUCUCCCCUCUCACUGGAGUCGUUGUGAAAACAGUAUCACGAAUUUGUGUUCAGCGGUUGUGGAAUUUAACUCAUCCGGGAUAUUCCUAUGUCCUAUUAGCGCCUAUGUACCUCUGGUAUGCAAUGGCUUUUCGUGUUUUACAAGCUGAUCUUGACGAUCUGCUAUACAUCGCAGUUCUUGGAAUCAUUCAUGGAGCUGCCGAAGUCCUAGAACGAAGCGUCAUGGUCGUGAUUGAUCACUGUUGUCACAUGCUUUGGAAAAGAGAAUCGUCUCCUUGGGGAAGUUUUCGCACUCCUCGUCGCGAGAGACUAAUGGCUGAUAUUGCUAUCAUGAGCAUGUUGUAUGAAUCAACUGCCAUAGUGUCCGUCAAUGGAUUGAUAUACUUGUCUCAGUUUGUUUUCAUAGAAAACAGCUCCCUUUUAAAGUUGUUACGGUCUUUUGCCAUUUCCACUUCAGUUCAGCUGGUGAUCGAGUGGUUUUUUACUAGCAUAUCUCUUGCGAUCGAGACUCGCUAUCAGAACAUGGCUGUCAUGGCUGUUUGGCGACGAAGAUGGAAAAGACACAUCUCGGUAGCGAUUAUAAAUAUAGUUCCAAUAGCUGUGUGGAACAGCUCUUGUUUAUUAGUGCUACUAAGUGCACGGUUCAGCCCAAGCCUUGAUAGGCCAUGUAAACUACCGUUUGCUUGAGAAUUUAGAAAAGCUCCUCGAUCCUGCUUGCGUUUUCGAGAAAAAGGAAAGAGAGGAAGAAGAAAUAAAGAAAACGAAAU